GGCUAGUGAGGUGAAUAUUUGGUGGUUGGGGAGUGAUUCAUUCUGCCAUAGUGGGGGACAGUGGGGUGUGAGAAAUAUGGCUUUUAUAGGGUGGCUUUUAUGGUGGUUUAAAGGUCAAAGUAAUCAAAAAUAUCCCUUGGCUUGUUGUGCUUGUUAUUUCGGUUGUACUAGGGGACAAGGGGGGGACAAUGUUUGUGGGAUGUUGGGUGAUGAAAUAUGGUUGUUUGGCUUGGUGUGUUUCGGCCCUAGCUUAGGGAAAUGAAAAGGAAAUUGACUUAUGGUUUUUUCUUUUGGCACAAAACGUGUUAUUUUGAUGGAGUGAUUCAAGUAGGGAGUGGGGUAGUCUGGGCAGGGUAUACGGCUCUUUUUAGGAUGGAGAUAGGCUCAAGGUUGUCAGGGUUAAGUAAUAUGGUUUGGGGUUGGAGAAUUCAUUCCAGAAAGGAUCGUAACACUUAGACAUGAUUCCACUGAUUUGUUUAAGGAUUUGAGGAUCAGGUGUAGUACUAGGGGAUAUAACACAUACGCAAUGAAGUCAAUGAGCUUCAUAAUCCAACAACAACCAUGACCGAAAAAGAAGCAAUAACAUUUUAUCCAAGCAAAAAACAACAUAAAAAAUUUAACAAAGCACAUCACUACGAUAACAUAAAAAAAAGAGGAGGUUAUUUCUUACCAAGAAAGAGAGCUCGUAAUAGGCCUCCUCCGGAACCCCAACCACCCGAAUCCCAGGGAAAGGCCGGGGGAGCCGCUGAGCCGGCUUGACCGGGGGAAGGAAUGCUGCGGCAUCUUCGUCGUCUUCUCGAUCCCCAAAAGCUACCAGAAGCUGGAGGGACAUUACCGCAGCAUUCCUUCCCCGGUCAAGCCGGCUCAGCAGCUCCCCCGGCCUUUCCCCGGGAUUCGGGUCGAUGGGGUUCCGAAGGAGGCCAGUUACGAGCUCUCUUUCUCGAAAAAGCAAAACGUAUCCCAUAUGUAAAUAGUCUCUGUAAGGGAAGGGGAUCUGAACUUGCAAGAGUACCGGCUGUAUUGAAAGGUGGGGACUGGGGAGUGGGAGCUGAAAUUGGUGCCGUGGCUUGGAUAUAGCUAGGUCUGGGAAAAAAUUACAGUCUCCAAUUGCUGGGAAAAUCUACAGUCUAGGAAUCUACUCAAUCUAGGUCACAGCAGACAAGGGAAACUUCAAUUGCAAGAAUGAUUUGAUAAAAAAAUCAAAGAACAUAUAAUUUCAUACCUUCUUGGGUUAGAUGCUUCAAUCUUGGACAAAAAUUGAAGAUUCUCGUCACUAACUUCUGCGCUUGAAGAAGAAACCACUAGGCCGCCGGUUGAGGAGUCUGGAGUCGUACUUACUCGGAAGUGUUGGACUGCUGCGAAUCUACACAAUUGGACUCUGAUGUUCUUUA